AUUUGCUCCGCUGCGCGUCGCAAGUGCAGUCGCUGCGCUCCUGCAAUUAAAAGAUUCUCUCUGGAGAGUCCAGUGCUCGGCUCGCUGCGGAGCUCGGUGCUGGGCCCUCCCUCUGCAAAUAUCGCACGGCCCUGCUUCACCGGCACCCCGUAAGGGUUUGCUGCGGCUACGCGCGCUCCCACCAGCUCACCUCCAUGGGCUCUCCGUUUGAUUUGCACUCUUUCACCCCCUCCAUCUCAUUUGGGCGCAGCAGUAACUACUAAGUAACAAAGAUGAGCACAUCCUACGAGUUAAGCUGCACCCUCUGUCAGCAAAAAAAAGUUCUCAGGUCACGAGUUCAACAAGUUGUGGUGGGUCAAGCUAAACAAGUUGUGAAGUUGUGUACACAACGCGGCAAGCAGGAUCAUAUUGAAGAUGGGAUCGUGUGCUGUUCGAACACAUGUGCUGUUCGAGCACAAGCAAGUGGCAAAAGUCUACUGCACCCUUGCUCAAGCUGACGGAAGAGCUCAUUCAGCAAUUUGCCGAGCCAAGCACACCUCCUCACUCCAGAAGAAGUCCCCAACUUUACCAACCAAGUACCAUGAAGCUUUCGUACAUCAUCGCCUUCGCCGCUGUGGUCGUCGCCUCGACCGCUAUCCCCGCCAACGCCGCCACGGGCUUGACGACCAACAACGUGGCUGAGCUGCAGGUCGUUCGCCAGCUUGGCGCCGGCGGUGGCCUCCGUGGCAGCCAGCAGGGUGAUCAGAACCAAAACACGCCGAGCACCUCGCAGAACGACGGUAACACCAGCCAAAACGAUGGCAAACAGGAGAAGCAGGACGACGGCAAGCAAAAGAGCAAGGACGACGGUAAGAAGAAAGAAGAUAAGGAAAAGAAAGAAAAGGAGAAAAAGGAGAAGAAGGAGAAGAAGGAGAAGGAAAAGAAGGAGAAGGAGGAAAAAAAGAAGCAGAAGGAGGCCGAGAAGGCCAAGAAGGGCGGUGACAAGUCCAAGAAGGAUGACGACAAGUCCAAGAAGGAUGACGACAAGUCCAAGAAGGACGGUGACAAGUCCAAGAAGGACGGUGACAAGACAAGUCCAAGAAGGACGGAUGACGACAAGUCUAAGAAGGACGGUGAUAAGUCUAAGAAGGACGAUGACAAGUCUAAGAAGGACGACAAGUCUAAGAAGGAUGACGACAAGUCUAAGAAGGACAAGAAGGACGACGGUGACAAGUCCCAAAAGCAGGGAGAACAGUCGCAGAAGCAGGGAGAGCAAAAGCAGGGCGAGGAGUCCCAGAACGAGGGCGAGCAGAACCAAUCCCAGAACCACAAGCAGGGAGUGUAAGCUUUCGGUGAACAGCUCGAGAUUGCUCGAACAUUCACAUAGACUGAGUGUCUUGUACGCAACAAUAAAUGUCCAUUUAAAGUGUAUCUACCA